AUGGAUCCAGGUUUAAUUCACUCAUAUAUAAAGCUAAGAAAAAAUUUUGGACAACAACCGAUGUUUUGUGAAGUAGCACCGGUAUUGUUGGAUUCGAUUAAUCCGGAUAAACAGGAACAACAAAAUUACUGCUUACGCAAUCCAGUAGAUAAAGAGGUUCAGGCAUCUGCAUCUGUAUCUGAAAACUAUGCUAAUACUAAAAUAACAAUUCGGCACGACACUGGAGUAAAUCACUAUGAAGGUGGGUGGCCAAAAGAAAUUAAUUUCACAGAUGAGGAAGCGACUGCAAGAUAUCGUCGUCGUUUUGAAAGAGAUGACACAUAUAUUGAUGCUGUUUUAAACCUUUAUCCUCAGUUUGAACACUACAUCAAUCAAAAUAAUGGACUGAAUGCAUACAAUAUUUAUUUUAAAGAAAUGCAAAGUCAGAACCCCGUUGAAAAACCAUCUAUAAUGAUAAACAGCGUUUACAAAGAUCCACAAAAACGGCCCGUAAGUUGCAUUGCUUGGACAUAUGAGGAUAAACCAAAGCUAGCCAUAUCAUAUUGCGAUAGAGCAUUUCCAGAAUAUGAGCCUGUAAAUAAAGAUUUUCUGUGUUUCAUUUGGGAUAUUGAAAAUCCCGGCGAUCCAAAUACAUAUCUGUCUCCACCAACUGCAUGUUGGCAACUUGUUUGUUCACCUGCGUCUCCAAAUAUUUAUGUUGGUGGACUGGAUGAUGGAAAAGUGUGUAUUUUUGACACUCGUGUUCAAUUUGAUCCCAUACUUAUCAGUCCAGCGCAUAUAGCUCACAGGGAUCCUGUUAAUGCUUUAUUAUUCAUCCCAUCUCGCCUAAAUAUUGAAUUUUUCAGUGGUUCUACUGAUGGCAAAUGCAUGUGGUGGGAUAUGAGAAAUACAUCCUUCCCUAUUGAUAGUCUUAUUAUGUCUGUUCGUAUUCCACCUGGAGAACAAAUAAGUUUGGCUAAUUCAGAAGGUGUAAGUUGUUUACAAUACGAUAAAGCAUUUCCAACCAAGUUUUUAUGUGGCACUGAUUCUGGUCUUGUCAUAAGCGUAAAUAGAAAAGGUAAAACUUACCAAGAAGUCAUGAGUGGCGUGUUUUAUGCGCAUGAUGGUCCAGUAAAAGCUGUUCAACGAAGUCCUUGUUCUUCCAAAUUUUUUAUAACAUGUGGAGAUUGGAGAGUUAAUGUUUGGAGUGAUGAUUUACUUUCAUCUCCAAUUAUUUCAGGAAUAAGACAUAGAAAACAAAUUAACGACGUUGUGUGGUCGCCACAUAGAUAUUCCGGUUAUAUGUCAGUGUGUGAUGAUGGUAAAUUUCGUUUUUGGGAUCUGUUGCGUAGAUAUCGGGAGCCGAUAGCUACAAUGCCAGUUUCUCAGGAUCCUUUAUUAAAAAUAAAACCUAAUGAAGAUGGUCGCUUGAUAGCUAUUGGCGAUGCGAAAGGAGUCCUGCAUUUAUUGUCUUUAUCUGAGACAUUAGUUUCAUCAGGUGAAGGAGAUAAGCAAUUAAUGACACAAAGUUUUGAACGGGAAACUCAUAGGGAACGUAUUCUAGAGAACCGUGUUAAAGAAAUAAUGCUAAAAUUUAAAGCUAUAGAAGACAAAACUGAUGAAGCAGAAAAAGAAGAAAUAGACGAGGAAGAACUAUUUAAAUCGGUUGAAGACGAAUAUCAGCGCAUCGUUUUGGAAGAAAUGCGUCACACUGAGGUCAACACGGGACAUUCAUUUAAUAUAGAUGAUACUAUCAGAACCCGUUAA